AUGGCAUUCCCUGGAGUCACAGUAAUCGUCGGAGCGGCGUCCGGCAUUGGCCGCGCCACCGCUCAGCUCUUCGUGAAACGAGAUUGCACCAAGAUCAUCAUCGGCGAUAUCAGUACAAAGGGUCUCGCGGACACCAAGCAGCAACUUCUUGAGAUCAAUCCCAGAGCCGAGGUAGUCAAUGAGACUUGCGACGUGACAUCUGAGGACUCGGUCGACAGGUUCUUCAGUCAAGCCGGCUCGAAAUUUGGCCGCAUAGAUCAUGCUUGCAACGUUGCUGGUGUUCUGAUGCCAGGAACAUCACCUGAAUUCUCGACCAAGGACUUCGACACUCAGUUCAACAUCAACGCCCGCGGGAUGUGGCUCUGUCAACGAGCUGAGAUCAUACAACUACUGAAGCAAGAGCCGAUCCAGCCAGAGGGUAGCCCGUCUCCAAUUAGAGGCACGAUUGCCAAUGUAGCGUCCAUGGCUGCAUUGCGAGUAUAUGACAACCUGCCCUCAUACUGCGCAUCCAAAUGUGCUAUCCUAGGGUUCACAAAAGCCGACGCCAUGCGAUAUGGAAGGGAGCACAUCAGGAUCAAUGCUGUGUGCCCAGGGGUUAUCAAGACGCCACUGCUGGGAGAGGUUCGAGACGACGAUACUACGAACAUCGCCGAAAUGACGAAGGAAAUGGCACUUGGACGACAAGGACAACCAGAAGAAGUCGCUGAAGGACUCUACUGGUUAAGUUCUCCUCAGUCGAGUUUUGUGACUGGCAUUUCGCUUCCCGUCAAUGGAGGUAUGGUGGGCGCAUGA